AUGGGGUUGCACCAAGGAUCAGCUCUUAGCCCAUUUUUAUUUGCUCUAGUGAUGGAUUGUCUGACGCGGCGAAUUCAAGGUGAGGUUCCAUGGUGUAUGUUAUUUGCGGAUGACAUAGUCUUGAUCGACGAGACACGCUGCGGAGUGAACGCUAAGCCGGAGGUCUGGAGACAAACUCUGGAGUCUAAAGGGUUCAAGUUGAGUAGGACCAAGACAGAGUACAUGGAAUGCAAGUUCAGUGACGUGACACAUGAGUCUGGCGUGGAAGUGAGGCUUGGUACCCAGGUCAUCCCAAAGAAAAGAAGUUUCAAAUAUCUCGGGUCUAUUAUACAAGAAAAUGGGGAUAUUGAUGAUGAUGUCUCACAUCGUAUUGGCGCAGGGUGGAUGAAAUGGAGGCUUGCUUCAGGAGUGCUGUGUGAUAAGAAGGUGCCACUAAAACUUAAAGGCAGGUUCUACAAAGUGGUUGUGAGACCGACCUUGUUGUACGGGGCAGAGUGUUGGGCAGUCAAGAGCUCUCAUGUCCAAAAGAUGAAAGUUGCGGAAAUGAGAAUGCUGCGAUGGAUGUGUGGGCACACCAGGCGAGAUAGGAUUAGGAAUGAAGAUAUCCGGGAUAAGGUUGGAGUAGCAUCAGUGGAGGACAAGAUGAGGGAAGUGAGGCUGAGAUGGUUUGGGCAUGUGAGGAGGAGAGGCAGAGACGCUCCAGUGCGGAGGUGUGAGAGGUUAGCUAUGGAUGGUUUCAGAAGAGGUCAGGGUAGGCCGAAAAAGUAUUGGGGAGAGGUGCUGAGACAGGACAUGGCGCAGGUUCAGCUUACCGAGGACAUGACCCUAGAUAAGAGGUUUUGGAGGACUCAGAUUAGGGUAGAAGGCUAGUAGGUAGUCGUUGUUUCGAUCUAUAGUCUAUUGCCCUUUGUUUCUUGCUACUAUAUGUGGUUUCUUGUACUUCGAUUAUCUUAUUUAUCUGUGGUAGCUACUGUUCCCUUUUUUUUCAGACUGCUUUAUUCUGACUUAUUCGCUUUCUUUAGUUUCAUUUGCAUUCUGCUUUGAACUGCUUGUGCUUAUCUAACCUUUCUCGUUGUGAUUUCUCUUGAGCCGAGGGUCUUUCGGAAACAGCCUCCCUGUCUUUCGAGAUAGGGGUAUGGUCUGCGUACACUUUACCCUCCCCAGACCUCACAUUGUGGGAUUUCACUGGGUAUGUUGUUGUUGUGUUCAUGUUUCUCUUUGAUUUUCUUCAAAGUAUCUGUUUUCCUAUAUGCUUAGCAAAAGAGAAUAGUAAAUGUUUUGAGCUUGCCACAUAUACUGAUGACUAUGUUUAAACUCACCUAUGAAAAUCAUCAAUCUAUUGAUCCUUUUGUCUGUUUUGGUAUAUUUAUAUUUCCAAGUGAGGUGAGUUCAUCCUAAACUGAAGUACCGUUUUGUCUUCUGGUCAUCAGCUAGGUAUGUAACACCACCACCCCCUCCUCCCCCCCCCCCCCCCCCCCCGCCCAAAAAAAAAUGGCAGUUCAAUUUUGGUCAUUCUUGUCAUUAGCAUGGACUUAAGUGCCAGAAGAGAAGUGUGAGAUUCUACGUUCCUAAGAAAGUUGGAACAUAUAUUCAACAAACAAGUGGAGAAGGUAUAUUAUAAAAUGCUCCCAGACACAUUUAUCGAGACACCCCCCUAGGGUCCCUUCUGGGCCUUAGACUCCCACCCCGGUGAUCAUUUUGAUUGCCGGAAACCUCUCUCUUCCUCUUUUCUUCUCUCUCUCCCCCUUCCAGCCACUCUUUCAGACCUCUCUCUUUCUCUUUCCUUCUUUUCUUUCUACUUUCUCUAGCCACUCCCCCAAAUGGAUAACACCAUCUACUUUGCCGUAAGUUUCAAAUCCUACGAUAUCAUGAGAUCUUCGGAAGCAACAGAUGUUUGGUUCGAUUGGAUAGAAAGAAGCAGGAACUUUAUCAGGAGAACUAGUUUCAAUACUAAGACGAUGGAAUGGAUUGUUCAGGUUAUGUUGGAAGCCUCGAAGGUGCAUGGAAACACAGUCAGAAGAUGGAAAAAGAAAGAUAACUUGUCGGAGAUUUUUG